AUGGUCGAUGGUCUACGAGCCACAGCAGCAGCUUUUACGCCGCUAAGUCUCCGUAGCGACAUAAUUCGCCCUCUGGAUGGUCAGGAACACAAUGGGAUUACUCAUUACAAUUCCAUUCCUGCGUCUGCCGUCUUUCCAGUCAGCGACACGCGGAGCAGCCCCAGCAUCAAGGUAGAGUCCUGGAUAAUCGACCUUAAGCUUGAGCUGACAGAGAGUAAGACCAAAAUCGACUGCCAGUUGUGCAAAUCCGCAUGCGUGGACUGCGCGGAACUCAGCCAGCUCCUCAUGUUUGGAAACAAGAAACACCAAGAUGAGAUGGCCGCUUUACGUGAGCAGCUUAGGCAGCUGGAAGAAGAAACAGCAGAAGAGACGUUGACCAGGCUAUGCGUCAAGAGUGAGACGAAGAUUGUUAGACUGAAAAGGGAGGUAGAGAAGAUGAAGGCAGAGGACGAGUUAGUGAAGGCCGGAAAUGAAGAAUUAACGAGGACGUUGAAGAGACUCGAGUUGCACGUAGUACGGUUCCUCGAUCUCGUCAAGCCUUUUGUGCCUCUGGUGCCUGAAAUUCAGCUGCCAGAGAGCAAGGUCCCCUUCAACAACCGCCUCGUAUGGACCGGCCUUACUCUCCUCGUCUUCCUGGUCAUGAGCCAGAUGCCGCUCUACGGAAUUGUGUCUUCUGAUACCUCCGACCCGCUAUACUGGCUGCGAAUGAUGAUGGCGAGUAACAGAGGAACCCUGAUGGAACUGGGUAUCACCCCCAUCAUCACCUCGGGCAUGGUCUUCCAGCUUCUUGCCGGAACCCACCUCAUCGACGUCAACCUCGACCUCAAGUCUGACCGCGAGCUCUACCAGACCGCCCAGAAGCUCCUCGCUAUUCUCCUGUCUUUCGGCCAGGCCGUCGUCUAUGUCAUCUCCGGUCUCUACGGACAGCCCUCUGACCUCGGUGCCGGUAUCUGCGUUCUCCUUGUUAUCCAGCUGAUGAUCGCUGGUCUGAUCGUUAUCCUCCUCGACGAGCUUCUCCAGAAGGGCUACGGUCUCGGCAGCGGUAUCUCGCUCUUCAUUGCCACCAACAUCUGCGAGUCCAUCAUGUGGAAGGCCUUCUCCCCCACCACCAUCAACACCGGUCGUGGUCCUGAGUUCGAGGGUGCUCUCAUUGCCCUUGUUCACUUGCUCUUCACCUGGCCCAACAAGACUGUUGCGCUCAAGGAGGCUUUCUACCGCCAGAACCUCCCCAACGUCAUGAACCUGAUUUCCACUGUCAUUGUCUUCGGUGCUGUCAUCUACCUCCAGGGUUUCCGCGUCGAAAUUCCCGUAAAGUCUGCCCGCCAGCGUGGUGUUCGUGGCUCGUACCCCGUCCGUCUGUUCUACACCUCCAACAUGCCCAUCAUGCUGCAGUCUGCUCUUUCUUCCAACGUCUUCUUGAUCAGCCAGAUGCUCUACAACCGCUUCUCUGACAACCUCCUCGUCAAGCUUCUUGGUGUCUGGGAGCCCAAGGAGGGUUCCGCUCAGCUUUUCGCUACCUCCGGCGUUGCCUACUACAUGUCCCCCCCUCUCAGCAUCACCGAGGCCCUCUCCGACCCCCUGAAGACUGCCAUUUUCAUCGUCUACAUGCUCGUCGCCUGCGCUGUCUUCUCCAAGACCUGGAUCGAGGUCUCUGGUUCAUCUCCCCGCGACGUUGCUAAGCAGCUCAAGGAGCAGGGUCUGGUCAUGGCUGGUCACCGUGAGGAGUCCAUGUACAAGGAGCUUAAGCGCGUCAUCCCCACCGCUGCUGCCUUCGGUGGUGCCUGCAUUGGAGCUCUGUCUGUCGGUAGCGAUCUUCUCGGCGCUCUUGGCAGCGGUACUGGUAUUCUCCUUGCCGUAACUAUCAUUUACGGAUACUUCGAAAUCGCCGCCAAGGAGGGCGAUAUGGCCGGUCUUAAGGGCAUGGUCAUGGGCUAG